UUUAAACGUGUGAUGGAGUCUGCUUUUCUCACCUUUAUUCUUGUGUCUUCCUUUGCGGUAUAUUCCUCUCACUUUAGCAUCACAGACUUUCCCUCAAAAUGGGACGAUGUUGUGGUGGCAAGAGAGGGCACACGUAUCACCUUGGUGUGUACUAGUCCAACAGUGAGGGGUGCCAUAGCCAUUAACUGGAGGGUGAAGUCACUUGAUGUGGAUGAAUGGAAACUAGUUCUCUCAGCCAAUGGAGGCACGCAUUUCUCCGGUAGUGCCUCGAAGGCAUCCAUGCAAUUGAUUGACCCUAACUUUCAAAACACCGGGGUUUUCUCUUUGUCCUUUAUUGCCAAAACGGAGGACUAUGGUCUCUACUCAUGCUUGAUAAAGCAACGCGAGAGGAGGCUGACGGAGAGGAUUAUCCUCUUAGCGAUCCUUACAGUCACCAUCGUCCCUCCUACACCCAUUCCUCUGCGCAGCACCCUGCGUCUGAUUGCCAGUGUUAAUCCUGACUCUGCCAUCAGCAAGAUCACCUGGGCAGCACCAGGUGACAUUUCCAUCAGGAGUGAGAAAAUGCCAAAUACAGGAACGGUGGCUAAACUACCACAGGUCGAGAACAGUGACAACGGGGCCUAUGUCUGUAUUGUUCACCCUUGGGGUAACAGCAGUAACCCUCUUUUCGACUUCAAUGUGGAGGUGACUGUUGAUGCCGAGAAAAAGGUCUCAUUCGCCAAUAUCACACAUGGCCCAGAGAUCUCCACCGCCACCCAGGCUCAGACACCCUCACCGCUGACCUGCCCUGGUAUCCAGGGGGAUUAUGUCCAACUGCGCUGGCAACCUCCAGACACUCUUAGGCAGAGUAGUAGAAAGCUGGUGUACCAGUUUGAUCGCUGGAGAGGUUCCACCAUUUCGACCGAGCAGAGCAAGAAGCUCCAGCUGGCUGGCUCACCAUACAAUGCGGAGGACGGGAGCUUCUCCUUUAUACUCACACCUGGGUUGAAAGAUGGCGGAUUCUAUGUCUGUGAAGUGUUCCUCAAUGACAGUGCCUUCAGCCAGGGGACCUGGCUCAGCGUGCUGAAAGUCAAAACCAAGGAAACAUCCUCGAAGCAGGAGUUGUCGUGCAUCUACUCACAGCGGUCCAAGGUCAAAAGUGCCAAUUGGAAAUACCAGAAUAAGAGUCGCAAGCUGCAGAUGUUCAGCAUUGGUCCCGGCAGCAUUACCACCACCCUGCCCUUACCCAUCACCUCUGACACAGCUGGGAACUACACCUGCGUCCUGCAGCUGAGAAACGGGCAGACCUUCUCGGCAACGCAAACUGUCACACUGCCCCCUGAAGCCGAGAGUGUCAAUGUCACCCCCUCCCUGCUCCCUUCUCUCUCUGCUUUAUUACUCCUGGUGCCCCUGGUUGCUGCGGCUGUCGGUGUGUUGCUAUGGAGACAGAAACACAUUUCUGAUCACGGUAUUGAUCAGGCUCUGUCUGUCCACUCAGAUGAAUCAGAGAACAUCUAUGAGAAUCCUGAGGAUAUGAGACAGGCCCCUCCUCAGGGUUCAGUCUACAUGGAUUUGAAGCCAAGAGGAGAGGAUGAUGUCUAUAAGGAACUGGAGCGAUGCAAGCAAUGUCAGAGCUGAUCACCUACCCACAUCUCAUCCUCAUCCAGCUGUCACAUCCGCUCAGGUCCCAGCUGCAGCAGAAGGCCUUUAUAAACAAAAGUAACAAUUGAAUGUCAUAGUUGGGUCUUGAGAAAAAAAAACCUUCAAUGCUUCAGGGACAUUAUACUCAAUUGUUUAAAUCUUUUUUGUUUUUUUUUGUUGCUCUUUAUAAGUACUUUACUAUUGAUUUAAUUCAUGUCAUGGUAGCACAUAUAAGAGGAGACAUAUUUUUUCAUAAGGCUCUACAAGUGUGUCCCAAAUACAAGCAAUUUAACAAAUGUUAAUAUGUUAUGUUGUCUUUUUCACUGGUUUCAUUGAACUUUGUUUAUUUUUUUGUUGUUGUUUUUUUUUGUUUACAUGCAUCUAGCAGUAUUCUAG